GCGACUUGACGUUACGUAUAAAAAGGUACACAACCAAUUUCGCGUUUUAGUGCUAGAAUAAAUACCGUUGCGUCAGUUUGUUGUGUUCGUGGUACCUAACUUGUGAGGAAAUAUGUGUGGAAUUUUCGCCUACCUGAACUACCUCACCCCCAAGAAGAGGGCCGAGAUCUUGGAACUCCUGGUCAACGGACUCAAGCGGUUGGAGUAUCGCGGCUAUGAUUCCGCAGGUGUCGCCGUGGAUACCGCCGACGACAAGGACAUCGCCAUCAUCAAGAAGGCCGGCAAAGUCGCCCUGCUCGAAGAGGAGAUUAAGAACAGAAGCAGUGAGCUGAACAUGGACGGCUCCACCGACAUCCACUGCGGCAUCGCCCACACCCGUUGGGCAACCCACGGGGUGCCCAACGAAGUCAAUUGCCACCCCCUCCGUUCGGACCCCCACAACGGCUUCGUCCUGGUCCACAACGGCAUCAUCACCAACUACAAGGAGGUCAAGGUGUUCCUGGAGAAGAAGGGGUAUAAGUUCGAGAGCGAGACCGACACCGAGGUCAUCGUCAAGCUGAUCCACCACUUCUACCAGAAGCACCCGAGCUAUUCCUUCAGGGAGCUCGUCGAGUCUGUCGUACAGCAACUGGAAGGCGCCUUUGCCCUUUGUUUUAAAUCCAAGUUCUUCCCCGGCGAAUGCGUCGCCACGAGACGGGGCUCUCCCCUUUUGGUGGGUAUAAAAACGGCCACGAGAUUGGCCACCGAUCACAUUCCCAUCCUGUACAGCAAGGAAGACCACCCCACUUCACCAAUCAACAAAGAUGCAGAUUCCAACUCAGAACACCGGCCGUACGGAAGGGCGGACUAUCCCACCUUGCCCAGAACUGGUUCUACUUCCGAAUUCGAACCCCUCGAAGACAAACAAGUAGAAUACUUCUUUGCGUCCGACGCCUCCGCUAUUAUCGAACACACCAAUCGCGUCAUCUAUUUCGAGGAUGACGACGUUGCCGCCGUCAAAAACGGUUCCCUCAGCAUCCACAGGAUCAGACGUGGCGGCGACGACCCGCACAAACGCGAAAUCACCACGUUGAAGAUGGAACUGCAGCAGAUCAUGAAGGGCAAUUACGACUUCUUCAUGCAGAAGGAAAUCUUUGAGCAACCGGACUCCGUUAUCAACACUAUGAGGGGCCGCGUCAAUUUCGAAACGGGGAACGUCGUUUUGGGAGGGAUCAAAGACUAUAUUCCGGAAAUCAAAAGGUGCAGGAGACUUAUGCUUAUCGGCUGCGGGACCAGUUACCACAGCGCGAUCGCUACCAGGCAACUCUUGGAGGAGCUCACCGAAUUGCCCGUCAUGGUGGAACUGGCGAGCGACUUCUUGGAUCGCACAACCCCCGUGUUCAGAGACGAUGUUUGCUUCUUCAUUUCGCAGUCGGGUGAAACGGCUGACACUCUAAUGGCUCUACGUUACUGCAAAGAAAGGGGCGCCUUGAUCGUUGGUAUCACGAACACCGUCGGUAGUUCAAUUUGUCGGGAAUCGCACUGCGGGGUGCACAUCAACGCCGGUCCCGAGAUUGGCGUCGCUUCCACCAAAGCUUACACCAGUCAGUUCAUCUCGCUGGUAAUGUUCGCCCUCGUGAUGAGUGAAGACAGGCUUUCCUUGCGCAAGCGGCGAGAGGACAUCAUCAACGGCCUGAGGAACUUGCAGGACCAGAUCCGUCAAGUCCUGAAGCUCGACGAUAAAGUUAAGGUGUUAGCCGGGGACCUUUACAAGAAGAAGUCUCUGCUUAUCAUGGGUCGCGGUUUUAACUUCGCCACGUGCCUGGAAGGUGCCUUGAAAGUAAAAGAGUUGACGUACAUGCACAGCGAAGGCAUCAUGGCCGGCGAACUGAAACACGGCCCCCUCGCCCUCAUCGACGAAGCCAUGCCCGUGAUGAUGAUCAUUAUGAGGGACCCCGUUUACGUCAAGUGCAUGAACGCGUUGCAACAGGUGACCGCCCGUGACGGUAAACCCAUCAUCAUUUGCGAGGAGGGCGACAAGGAGACCCUGGCCUACGGCUACAAGACCUUGGAGAUUCCCAAGACGGUCGACUGCCUGCAGGGGAUCCUGACCGUCAUCCCCAUGCAACUGCUCUCUUUCCACAUCGCCGUCCUGAAGGGCUGUAACGUGGACUGCCCCCGGAAUCUUGCCAAGAGUGUGACGGUGGAAUAAAAAGACUGGUGAAGAAUUGCUACAUCAAGCGCUUAGCUUAGAUUCCGUCAUAUUAUCCCAACGUAUUACCUAAUAGGCAUUUAAAAUGUAAGAUAUUUCGGUUGGAGGUAAACCUUAUAUUCCACUAGACGACUUUUUAGAGGUUAUUUAUUUUAUAUUGUCCCGGACAAGUAAAUUGUUAAUAAUCAUUGUAUUAUAGAUUGUUUUAUAUAUAUUUUAUAUACGUAGUCUUGAAUACAAGUUUUUAAAGCUGUAAAAGGAGUUUUUAACACGUUGACUCUCAAAAUUAUAAUUAAGUUACCAAAUCGUCGGGCGCUAUAUAUUUUUCUCGUUUCCGAGCAUGGGAAUUUUUUUUAUAAGAUAUCUUGCGAUUAUGGUUACCGUUAAGCUGUUUCUUUUACGAUUAACGGAAAAAAAUGUCCUUAAACGUGUUAAAAAUCUGCAGAUAAAGUGUAUUUAUUCCAUUUAUUUGUAAAUUAUAUUAUUUCCUUGUAUCUGUGAGAUUAAAAAUGUUUUAUAUGAUG